CAAGUUAUGGCUUGUUUUCGUUUCGAGUUUGCAUGUUUUACUAAGAAAUUCGGUGAAACAAUCGUUCUCGGCCAUCUAAUCGUUUGAAUUCCAGUCCUUUUUCGCUCCAUAUCAAACUUAAGGAUAUUUAGAGUCUCGGGUUAGCUAGGCCGAUCUUAAGCAUCAACCCUAUCUGACAUAAUGUCUUCACUGUCGGAUAGAAUCCCACCAAAUGCAUUCUACUUCAUUGUCGACACCUGCGGUAGCGUAAUCAUUACGUUUAGCCUAAUCACUUAUAAUCCUGGUAACGUUCAGAAGGAAGAUUGACUUAAUAAAUUCCUUCUCUUUGUUCUUCACUGAUCACUAGCGUAUCAACCUACAACUUUGGACAAAGUACAUAAGUUUCGAUGUAUAAAAAUGUUUACAGCAGUUUCACUAAGCCAUAUAAUGUGUAGUUCAUAACUUUACACUGUUAAUAAAUAACGUGGACAUGGGAGAAGGAAUAGUCCAACUAAGAGAAGCAAAUUUUCACUUUUUCGGUGAUGUGUCCGUGCUGAGAUUCCCUCAAUGACACAAACCAAUGCACUUCCUAAAAUGAAUAGGUCAGCUUCUUCACUCACGAUUACUUCUUAUCCUUUAGUAAGAUGUUCUCCCAAACCAGUACUGUCAUCUUGCGUCUAAUAUGGGUGAAGUGCGCUUCCAACAUACUCCAGUUCUUGGUAAUGCGUCUGGGAAGUCUCAGUAACUUCAGAUAAUAAUCAAAUGAACUGGUACCUCAUAGCUGCUGAAUAAGUGAGUUAAAAUCAACUAUGUUGACACAAUUAUAUAAGGUAAAGAUAUACUGUGCAUCCCUAUGACAAAACACGGUUUUACUAUACCAUACCACUAUUCUCUAAUAUCCCUGUUAUCAUGUCCUGCUGCUAUGACUUAUUACAGGCUAUCGUAACUCUGACCAGAGUUAUAAGACUGAUGUGUUUGUUCCUUUCAAGUUGAUAUUCAGAGUUCAUCAGCAUCAGUUUCCUCUCAUCAUUCACUUAGAAUGAAACAUAGGAAUAUGGUAAUGUUUAUGUGUUUUUGAUCCGUAAUGAUGAAUUAUCUUCACUGAUGUUUAUACGACAAAAUUCAAAACGAACAUGACUAUCAUACUCAGGUAAAUCUUUACUCAUUUCCUCUCUAUAUACAAACUUUCAUGUGCACGUGUGACGCAGUCGUGCAUGCGAUACCUCUUGUCUUUUUACUGGCUUGCAGGCACACACGAAAUGUACAUCCCACUAACUUUAUGCUUCCUUUUCUUACUGAUAACUAUGUGUAACAUUUUGGUAGUAUACUUGUAGUUGCUUCCUCCUCAACAACGAACACCUUUUACUCGUUUAUCGCUUUUGGUGUAUUCACAAACUAUGCAACGGUUGGGCACUACUCAUUCUGAGUAUGACAACCCUAUUUUACAUUUAAAGACGAGUACAUACGAUACGGUUUCAAUAGUGUGCUGUAAAUAUCUCAAUUGUUGAUGAAGUAAUUAUUGUUUUGACUAUCCAACUACUUUUAUCCUCUAUUUCAUUAUCUUUAUUUUGUUGUUUUCUGCGUAUAGUAAUAUGAAGAGAUUCACUGACUUAUUUGUUUGUUCGUCUUAGCCUGUUGUUGAUUACUGACCGAUGAGAAAGGUGUUUUACGUUGUACAGUGUGGGAUUAGGUGUGUGGAAACGCGUCUUGAAUUACUUUUUUAAAGUCACGUAUUGGAAUUUUUCCUGGGAUUUAUUUCAACCUUUUUUAAAUACUUAUACGUUUAUGGGUCUUACUUUGUAGGUUAAAUGGCUGGCGUGUUAGCGGAAACUGAACGAUUGCAAGCAGAGGAAUACAAAAACAAAGGGAAUGAGUGCUAUAAACAAGGAUUGUAUGACGAGGCCAUUGUAUGGUACACAAAGGGUAUAAAUGUAGACAGUAACAAUGCACUCCUGUACAACAAUCGGUCAGCAGCAUAUCUCAUGAUAAAUAAACCUCUGGAUGCUUAUAAAGAUGCUUGCAGAAGUAUUAAUUUAGAUUCUCAAAAUGUAAAAUCUCUGCUGCGCUGUGUAAAGUGCUGUAUUACACUGGGUGAUUUAAAUGAAGCUAAACGUCUUCUUGAGAAGAUUGAGCUACUAUCAGAAACAUAUCGAUCGUUUGAAAAAAAAUUCUCCUCAUCUGAUUUCAGACACGCCCUUUACUUAAUCACAAAGUGUAUUGAAAUAUCCCCAGCUUCAUUGGAUUUUAAUUUACAAAAGGUUAACGUGCUUAUCCAACUGAAACGAUUUACAGAAGCCAAAAUUUUGGUUGAGAACCUUCUCCAUUCUCAUGACUCGUCAGUUGACCUACUUUUCUACCGAGGUUUAUGUCUGUAUUAUUUGGACCAUUUAGAUAAAGCAAUUAGUCAUUUUCAGCAUGUUCUGCGACUUCAUCCAGAUCAUACAGAAACACAGAAAGUGUACAAACGGGCUAAAAAUCUUAUGAAAUUGAAAGAAGAAGGCAAUGCAUUCAUCCAUGAUAAUAGAUAUUCAAAAGCGUUUGAAGCCUAUUCAAAAGCAUUAGAAGUAGAUCCAUCACACGAUAUGAUAAAUGCCAAGUUGUAUUGUAACCGAGCGUGUGCUUUAUUCUAUCUUAAUCGUUUUGAAGAAGCCCUAAAAGAUUGUGAUGCAGCAGUUUCUUUGGAACCGAACUAUGUGAAGGCUCGUAUUCGUCGGGCUAAGUGCUAUUCAUCUCUUGAUGAAUAUGAAAAAGCCAUUGAAGAGUGGACUGCAGUGGUAAAAUUGGACGGGUCAUCAGAAAAUAAAAAGUCGUUACAAGCUGCUAAAGCCGCCCUGUCUAGAUCUCAACAGCGUGACUACUAUAAGAUCCUUGGUUUAAAAAAGAAUGCGUCUUUUGAUGAGAUAAAGCAGGCGUACAAAAAGAGCGCUCUUCUAUAUCACCCAGAUCGUCAUACCAAUGCAGAUGAAAAUACAGUAAAAGAACAUGAACAAAAAUUCAAAGAAAUAGGCGAAGCCUACACUGUGCUAUCAGAUCCUGAAAAACGCCGUAAAUAUGAUAAUGGUGAACUUUUAGCAGCUGAUGGUUUUGAUCAAGGCAAUGCAGCUGCUAGGAAUCUGUUCACUCAAGUCUUUCCUGGUUUCGGCACAUCUACAGUUCAUUUUUAUUUCGGUUAG